GUUGUAACAGGAAGACAAACAUUAGACGUCAACGGUAUCGAUGGCUCCUCUGCUUCUCCUUUUGCUUUCUGUCAGCAUCACAGGAAGCACAGUGGUGGAUCUGCAGAAGAGAAUCAUUGGAGGUCAACCAUGUGAGCGCCAGUACCACGUCAAACUUAAAGGAGUUGCUGCUGGUAGAUCAUCCAACAUGUGUGGUGGCUCUCUGAUCAGUGACCGGUGGAUUUUGACUGCAGCUCACUGUUUGAAGCCAGGAAGAACUAUGUUUGCAGGUUUAGCUGUGCUUCCAGGGGGUCUAGCACAAGAAGUGCAAAUCACAGCAGAACCAGUGAUCUAUACAGACAAAGACAACAGGUUCCAUGAUAUCAUGCUGCUGCAGCUACCUGAGCCCACUAAGAUUCAACCUGUAGCUCUUCCUGACUGUGAAUAUUAUCCUAAAAUGGUUGAGAUCGCAGGUCACGCUGCCACUACUGGAGGCCCAAAUAAAGAAAGAAAACCCAGUUCAUCCCCUACUCUCCACUGUGCAGACAUUGAGGUUGUCAGCUGUGAAAACCUCAACAAAACCUUGCAGGCACAUUUCCCAAAGGUCUACCAAGUCAAGCAGUAUCAACACUGGUUCUGUGGCCAAACACCUGGAGUGGAUAUAUGUUAUGGGGAUUCUGGAGGAGGCGUGGUGUACGAAGACAAGAUUUAUGGCGUCAUUUCUUUUCUUGGUGAUCCUGACAAUGUAUGUAGAAAAGCAGCUGCAUUCAUCGAGCUCUGCAAUUCAGAAUACACUACAUGGAUUCAUAAAACUAUUAGCUGAGGGGAACAAAAUGUCUACAGUAGCCUAUGAUGUGGUUAACUGUAAAGACUCUUUCAUAUGACAAAUAUGUGAGAUUACAGCUCAACAAAUAAUUUCCUGUGGCUCCUGUGGUGUUUUUGUAACAGUUUUUAUAUUUGGAUAUAAAAGUGAUACUCACCAUCCUAAGACCAGAUCAUCAAUCAAUCUGGUUCUAUACCUACGACAAAAAAUACAGAGCCCUUGCCAGAAAUUUUGAAACACCAUGGUCAUAAAUCAGUGUUAUCCAAGCCCAAAAGAUUGUAUCUGUAUAAUUGUUACGCCCCUGUCUAGGGGGAAGGAGCGCCACAUAAAUGUGUGAUGAAAAUGAACCAAGAAUCCUACCCCGAUUCCCAAACGAACAACUAACACAGUGUUAACAAUCAAGUGAUGUGAUUUAUUUACAAACAGGUGAAACAAAGUGCAACAAAGACUAAACAACAAACUUCAGGGUGAACCAAGGCCAAAACAACAAACAAAACAGGGCUAACUUCCUUAAACAAAAAUCCUUACUAAUCCCUAUGCAAUAGAAAUAAAAUACAGUUACUAAACCUAACUCCCUAUCCUAAUGAAAAACAGGAGAAAA